UUGUGAUAUUUAGGAAGUGAAUAACGAGGAAAUGGGUAUUUUUGUCCAAAUCUUAUACCGUACGUGUAUGGUCGUUACCUGUAUCUACAGGUGAAAAGAGCUUUUUCUCAUUAACAUAGAAACAUUACAUUAAAAUAGCGGAACUAUUCGAGGCUCAUUUCAAGGUCGUGUCGCCGCUGGGCCCAUCAAGGGCCACCAAAAAAAAACCUUGACAAAUUGACUAAGUUUCGACUAAAUUGUGAGGCCAUGCGUGUUUAUGUUAUCCGAUCGAGAAAUUCCCCCAAUCAUAAUUCUCAGAAUUAUGAGGACUUUAUUUAAUUUGUUCUUUCGCGCAUAGCUAAUUUAAUCAAAUACGAAUUCUAUCAACCAAAUUAUUUAAAUGUUCACUAGAUUUUUAAACUAAACAUGACUAAGAUAUUAAGACAAGGAUACAAAAACAUUGUACUUACGAUUCCAUAAAUAAAAUGAAUUCAAAUCUCUAAAACCAGAGAAUAUAGACACUUAAUGCUCAUCAAAAUUGCAGCUUAAGUUUUACCACGAAAUAAUACAAAAGAAACCUCAAUUAAAAAGUACAAUCAUUUGAUUUCAAUACUAAAAAACAUUUUUAAGCAUAUGCAGCAUUUUGAAGCGGCAUCGGCACUCACGCCUGCGCUCUGGGAACUCUAACAUCGGUUAAGAUUCAGUGGACUCGUAAGCCUCCGCUGGCGCGGUUCGGUACGGACAGGGACACCCACUCAAUCGGUACGAAUUCGAAACUCUACGAUCGCGUAACGUUCGUGAACACGCAGUGUUCGGGCAGUGGACACAUUUCAGAAUAUUCCGGUUUAAUAAAAAACUUCUUAAAUUUUUCCUCAAGUAGUUUGAGUCGUUUUAGAAAACUUAAUAGUGUUAGUGUCUUUACAGUUUAUUGUGUAGUGUUUAAGAAAUUACUUGGUUCUUGUAGAAAAUUAAAUAAAGUUAAGAUUGUGCAAGAUUCGAGCGUUCUUCUCUGAGCUCUGAGUUCUACAAAUUUAAAGAUUACGAGAUGUGACUGGAACAAGAUUGCUCUGCGCAAAAGAUGAGUGAAACUUGUGGGAUUCAUUCAAGAAGGUGUCUAGACUAGUACCGAUGCAGCUGCGGAAUCAUGAGUACUUGGUACUGCAUCGUGUUUAUGAUGUCCACGAUAAGUACCGGCAUUCUGUCACCGGCACCCCUCAAGACGGAGGCAAACGAGCCUUAUGAUCGCCAUUACUGGUACACGCAGGCGCAAGAAACGCUGCAGAAAAGGCUGCAGUACGCUUCCGACAAGAAACCUAUAGCGAAGAACGUGAUCCUGGUGGUCGGCGAUGGCAUGAGCCUGACGACGGCCACUGCGGCCAGGAUACUGCGCGGCCAGCGCAGAGGUCAGACGGGAGAAGACACCGACUUAGCCUGGGACACGUUUCCAGCGGUCGCCUUAGCCAAGACAUACAAUGUGGAUGCUCAAACUGGCGAAUCAUCUGCUUGCGCCACGGCUCUUCUAUGCGGAGUGAAGGCGCGGUACGAGACCUUGGGCCUAGAUGCUGGUGGAAGAUUCAACAGCUGCGCCUCCGCGAUCAACUCAAAGGUCACCUCACUGAUCGACUGGGCUCAUGAAGCUGGAAAAUCAAGCGGCAUAGUAACGACGGCGCGCAUCACUCACGCAACACCGGCAGCGUUGUACGCGCAUGCACCUUCCAGAUAUUGGGAGGAUGACAGUCGAGUUCCUCCAACUGUGAGGAAGGACUGCAAGGACAUCGCAAUGCAGCUGGUGGAGAAUGAGCCGGGGAGAAGCAUCAAUGUAAUUAUGGGAGGAGGCAGAAGACAUUUCUUGCCCACGGUAACCCCGGAUCCCGAACACCCGAGUCGAGAAGGUCGCAGACUCGACGGGAGGAACCUGGCAGAAGACUGGGCCAGGGAGAAGAAACGAAGACGGUUACGAGCCCAGUACAUACACUCUAAGGACCAGCUAGCUAAACUCGAUCCAAGAUCCGUAGAUUAUCUAUUAGGUUUAUUUGAAUAUUCUCACAUGGAAUUCAACGCGGAACGAGGCGCUGUCACGGACGCCGAGGAGGGCUCGGCCGACGGGUCCGCGGUGAAGGCUGACGACCCAUCCCUCUCAGAUAUGACCCGCGCGGCCCUCUCUAUAUUGCUGAAGAACGACAAGGGAUUCUUCUUGCUUAUUGAGGGUGGGCGAAUAGAUCACGCACACCAUUACAAUAAUCCAUACAGAGCGUUGGACGAAACGUUGGAGUUGGAGACGGCGUUGUUGGCAGCAUUGGAGCGAGUCAACCCAACUGAAACUCUUAUCGUGGUCACGGCAGAUCACGGACACGUGAUGACCUUUGGUGGCCAGGCCACACCUCGCGGCCAUCCCGUUUUGGGUGCGGACACUAUGGUAUCCGAUAUUGAUGGCCUACGCUACACAACGUUGCUUUACGGUACGGGGCCGGGCCACGCGGAACCUCGGGCCAUCCCGGCUAACGGCACCAUCACGUCACCGGACUCUGUGCACGCUGCCGCUGCGCCGCGACAAUGGGCCACCCAUGGAGGAGAAGACGUGCCUGUUUAUGCUUUAGGACCCAUGGCGACGGUAUUGUUCGCGGGCGUGGUGGAGCAGAGCUACAUCCCCCACGCAAUCGCCUACGCGGCGUGCCUCGCACACCAGUCGCGGAGAUGCCAGGAAAAGAUUAACUUUACUCAGCCACAGGUACAACCUCCCAAAUGUGUACCACCCGAAGUCAGCAGCGUGGCCGCGGAAGACAACCGCGAGCCGGCCGGCGGUCGCCGCGUCGUUGUCGCGUCCAGCGUUAUGUCCGACGAACGCGUCCCCCGAUCUUCCGCGAUCGUCCACUUCACAGGCCUCAUAAAUAUAAUCCUUAGUUUAAGUGCGUUAUGGUCUAUUAUUAAUUAAAAUCACACCUUGCUUUUCACGAUUUGUUUUACACAUAAUAGUUAGAUAAUGAAAAUUUGUACAGGGAAGAUUAUAGAAAUACGGAUCGGAUUAUUGUAAAUAAAAUUAGUCGUUGUAAAUAAAGAUGAUAAAUGUU